GGUCCAGAUCCUCCGCUCCUCCUCAGCUCAACACACACAUCCAUUGUACACAAACGGGCAGGCGGCUCAUGCAUACACGCGCACUCACACACAUACAGGCACAUACACACACACACAUAUACCCACACACGCUCAGCAUCGAUCGUGGCUCCUUUAAGAAAGCCUAAGCCAGAAUUAUCACCCCACCUCCUCUUGAUCUCAUCUAGACGCUUUUGCAUAAGAAAAUCAAGCCGGGAGCCGAGAGUGAUCAAAGAAAACGAGAGGAGAGCUGCUUCAUUUUUUAACUGUGAUUGUGACCAUUAACAUUUAGGUGGUGCCGAUCCCGUGGAGACGCGCGUCGGACCAUCAUUCAUCCGGUACUUUUGACAAGCCCUUGCGUUUUGACUGACAGUCGGAGUGGCAAAAAGCCAUGAGAGGCGCCAGUUUUGUUUGAGGGGCUAUUUUAUUUUCAUCCUGGUUUUGGAAAAGGAGCCUGGCGCCGCUGCCCCGAGGAUAGCCGAGGACCUAUUCGCCGCGCCUGGGCUAAACUUGCGCAGAAAGCGGGGGCUGGCUUCACCGUUCCGUGGAAAAAAAGGCAUACGGGAUUUUGGCUGAAACAUCUUCCCAUUUAUUUGGAUUUUCUUUCUUCAUUUCGUCUCCACCCUGGCCUCAGAGGGGAUUUAUCUAAACUGAAAGGACGACCAGGGAGUCAGGAGGGUUAUGGCGCAACGGUACGAAGACUUGCCCCACUACGGGAUGGACGGGGUGGGCAUCCCGACCACCAUGUACGGAGACCCGCACGGCGCCCGGUCCAUGCAGGCGGUGCACCUCAACCAUGGGCCCCAGCUGCACUCCCACCAGUACCCGCACACCGCCCACACCAACACCAUGCCUCCCAGUAUGGGCUCCUCCGUUAACGACGCUCUCAAGAGAGAUAAAGACGCUAUAUACGGGCACCCCCUGUUCCCCUUGCUUGCACUGAUUUUUGAGAAAUGUGAAUUAGCGACUUGCACCCCCAGAGAGCCCGGGGUGGCAGGAGGAGACGUCUGUUCAUCGGAAUCUUUCAAUGAAGACAUAGCAGUGUUUGCAAAACAGAUUCGGGCAGAAAAGCCUUUAUUUUCAUCGAAUCCAGAAUUGGAUAAUCUGAUGAUUCAAGCCAUUCAAGUUUUACGAUUUCAUCUUCUGGAGCUGGAGAAGGUACACGAGCUGUGUGAUAAUUUCUGUCACCGGUACAUCAGCUGCUUGAAAGGCAAGAUGCCCAUCGACUUGGUCAUAGACGACAGAGAGGGCGGGUCCAAAUCAGACAGCGAGGAAAUCACAAGAUCAUCGGUGGCCCUUGAUCAGACGUCCUGGAACAGAGAUCAUGAUGACACAGCGUCCACGCGCUCUGGAGGAACGCCGGGGCCGUCCAGCGGCGGACACACAUCACACAGCGGCGACAACAGCAGCGAACAGGGUGAUGGCCUGGACAACAGCGUGGCUUCACCGAGCACAGGGGAUGAUGAUGACCCGGAUAAAGAAAAGAAACGCAACAAGAAGAGAGGAAUCUUCCCUAAGGUGGCCACCAACAUUAUGAGAGCAUGGCUCUUCCAGCACCUAACACAUCCCUACCCGUCAGAAGAACAGAAGAAACAGUUGGCGCAAGACACAGGCCUCACCAUCCUACAAGUGAACAACUGGUUCAUUAAUGCCAGGAGGAGAAUAGUCCAGCCCAUGAUCGACCAGUCAAACCGUGCAGUAAGUCAAGGAGCUCCCUACAAUCCAGAUGGCCAGCCGAUGGGGGGCUUCGUCAUGGACGGCCAGCAGCACAUGGGAAUCAGACCACCUGGACCAAUGGGUGGAAUGGGCAUGAACAUGGGCAUGGAAGGUCAGUGGCACUACAUGUAGCCCCGCCCCAGUCCGACCAAUCGCAACACAAAGGGGGAUAACUGCAGGGAAAACCAGGGGAUCACCUGUCUCACAGAGGCCUACGGAGCAUGGGAACUGCACUCCUUGACUUCCUGAUGACAACAACCAACAGCAACUCCUCUGUCCACCUCCAAGACCCAACAACAUUUUAUUCGGCUGAUAUCUGCAACAUGGAAGCCUUCCAUGACUACCUGCAAUCCUUGUCUAUGUAUCCAGUGACAGUGAUGCACAGAAGAUCAAACCUCGUCCAAACCAGAUGACCCCCUGUCCCGACAGACCCCUGCUUCUUCUCUGGUGGGCACUAGACUUUGCCCCCCUUGCCACUGCCCACUAGGUUCACAUGGAUUCCUCCAUUAAAAGUGAUUGCAAUUGCGAGCAUAGAUGACACACGAGAGACACACUGUGUCCUUUGCCUGUACCUUUGGCGAAUGCAGCACCUGGUGAUAUAUUCUAGACUCUUUGGCAAACAAAAGAGACUUCCUGUGAAGAGCACCCCACUCUAUAGGACGAUGGAAUUGGACCACGGAGAAGCCAAUGUCUGUAUCUGACAGGACACUAACAAAGCAAAAGAGGUGCCCUUUAAAAAAUAUAGUGGAUUGAAACAUGGAAAGAGGGAAAGCAAGAGAAAAGAAAUUAAAAGUAUAACUAUAUCAACCCCUAAUUUGGGAAGCGAGUGGAAAAAGAAAAUAUACUGUAUACUGUUGUAAAAUUACGCUGGACUCUCACAAGAACUGGGAAUUUAAGUAUUGUAAAUGCUAUUGUAUUGUUCUGCAUAUUAUGUUGUUUCUAAUAGAUUUUUUAAAAAAAUGAUGUGAACUUUUUUCUCUUUUUUUCUGAUUUCUUUCCACACUGUGUGUGUGCUGUCUCUCCAUCAAAUUUGACCUCCUGCCCCCUCCCUCCAUUGAAUCACAAUACAUUUUUAAAAGAAAAAAAAGUGAAUAAGCAGAUAAUUCGAUCAGUCUGUCAUUUCUCGCAGGAGAGAGUGUGAUGGCGAUUCAGAUGUCCUGUUUUGUUUUUUUCCAUUUUCAUAUCAGUUGAUUAUAUGUUCCUCUACUGGUGGAAAGUUUUAUUAGGGUCAUGAAACUCUCUCAUAACUCAGUGGAUUAACUCCAAACAUAAUGAUAUCAAGCUAAACUCAGUUUCUGAAGCUAACAUUUUGGAUGUACAAGGUUUUUAAUCCAACUGCCAUUGUCCAAAAUUUCACUUUAUCCAUUUUUUACUCUGUUCACAUGAGGACAGACACAUAAUGUAGGUGUCAACAUGGCUAACAUCAUGACAGGCUAACAAACACGAUACAGAGCAUCAGGUAAUGCUCACAGUCAGUCUAAAAAAAAAAUCACUGUGGAUGGGAAACUACAAGUGUGUGUCCCACAAACAUGUUGUUUCCUGUUUUUCUCCAUGUGUGUCUGUGAUUGAGGGCCUCUGAAAGUCUAUUCCAGUGUCCUAUUGAUAUGUUUUAUGUCACAAGGCCGAGCACUCGCAUGGCCAAUGGAUUCUCUUCCCCUCAGUGUUCAUGCGGCCUGAUAACAGGGAGAGGCAGAGGCUAUGGGAAAACACCAUUUAUACCACAGUCCAUUCAUUUUGAUUUAACCAGAUGAUGUAAUGCUGAUCAAGACAGGAGAGAAUGUAAAAGCCACUGUGUGUGUGGCAGUAUGCAUGUGAGGGGGAACAUGUGUGUGUGUGUUGUGCGUGCGUGUGCAUACGUGCUUGUGUGGGUUAUCAAUGCAUCCAUUAUCCAUUGCUUCAAACAUGUAUUACGCACAUCUUUAAGAUUCCUUUGAAGACAAGUCAUGUUUCUUAUGCUCUUACUUUGAAGGGUAUAUAUGUACAUCUGUGUUGUAAAUAAAUACUUUUUGUUCAAAUAACAGAA